UUCAGUUUGCCCUUUGCUUUCUCAGGCACAGUGGAGCUUAUGAAGGCCAGGCCAAGAGCUGAAUGGUAUUUUGUGUGAGCAGAGGCAAGAGGCGUCCAGACGUGGGGGACUACAGAGGCAGUUGCAGGUGGGAAGAUGAGUCCAAAAAUUACAACAGAGCUGCUGAAGCAACUGCGGCAGGUGAUGAAGAGUCCCAAGUAUGUCCAGGAGCCUGUCCAAGCCUACAUAGUACCCUCUGGAGAUGCCCACCAGAGCGAGUACAUUGCACCCUGUGACUGCAGACGGGCGUUCAUCUCUGGAUUUGAUGGCUCUGCAGGUACUGCCAUAGUAACUGAACAGCAUGCAGCCAUGUGGACAGAUGGACGCUACUUCCUGCAAGCUGCACAUCAAAUGGAUAACAACUGGACACUCAUGAAAAUGGGUCUGAAAGAUACACCAACUCAAGAGGAUUGGCUAGUGAGUGUCCUCCCAGAAGGCUCGAAGGUGGGAGUGGACCCUUUCAUUAUUCCGGCUGACCAGUGGAAGAGGAUGUCCAAAGCCUUGAGAAGUGCCGGCCACGACCUUGUGCCUAUCAAAGAAAACCUGAUCGAUACAAUCUGGACAGACUGUCCUCAGCGCCCCUGUAAGCCUCUCAUCACGCUUGACCUGAGUUAUACAGGGGUCAGCUGGAGAGACAAAAUUGUAGCCCUCCGUUCAAAAAUGGCUGAGAGGAAAGUCCUGUGGUUUGUGGUAACAGCCUUGGAUGAAGUAGCAUGGCUUUUCAACCUUCGAGGCUCUGAUGUUGAGUACAAUCCUGUGUUUUUUGCAUACGCCGUCAUAGGAAUGAACACAAUCAGGCUCUUCAUUGAUGGUGACCGGAUGACGAACCCAGCUGUGAGGGAGCACUUACAGCUUGACUCCACCCUGGAGCCUGAGUUUAAAAUCCAGGUGAUGCCCUACGGAUCUAUCCUGUCAGAGCUGCAGGCUGUUGGUGCAGGCCUCUCACCCAAGGAGAAAGUGUGGCUCAGUGACAAAGCCAGCUAUGCUCUGACUGAGGCCAUUCCCAAGGCUUACCGAUACCUCACCCCAUAUACCCCCAUCUGCAUUGCAAAAGCUGUGAAGAAUGCAUCGGAAACAGAAGGCAUGAGAAGAGCACAUAUUAAAGAUGCAGUUGCCCUGUGUGAGCUCUUUAACUGGCUGGAGAAAGAGGUUCCAAAGGGAACAGUAACAGAAAUAAUUGCUGCAGACAAAGCAGAGGAGUUUCGCAGCCAACAGAAAGACUUCGUUGAAUUGAGUUUUGCUACUAUAUCAAGCACGGGUCCAAAUGGAGCCAUCAUUCACUACAAGCCAGUUCCUGAGACCAACAGAACGCUGUCUGUGAACGAGAUCUACCUCCUGGACUCGGGAGCACAGUACAAAGAUGGUACAACAGAUGUGACAAGGACAAUGCAUUUUGGCACACCAUCAGCCUAUGAAAAAGAAUGCUUCACCUAUGUCCUGAAGGGACAUAUAGCUGUGAGUGCAGCCAUCUUCCCAAAUGGAACCAAAGGUCACCUUCUAGAUUCCUUUGCCCGCUCUGCCUUGUGGGACUGUGGCUUGGAUUACCUGCAUGGGACAGGACAUGGAGUUGGCUCCUUCCUAAACGUACAUGAGGGUCCUUGUGGCAUUAGCUACAAAACCUUUGCAGACGAGCCCUUGGAGGCUGGCAUGAUCGUCUCUGAUGAGCCUGGGUAUUAUGAAGAUGGGUCCUUUGGGAUCCGAAUAGAAAAUGUUGUCCUUGUGAUCCCUGCUGAAACCAAGUAUAAUUUCAAAAACAGAGGGAGCCUGACUUUUGAACCAUUAACACUGGUUCCGAUCCAGACGAAAAUGAUUGAUGUUAAUUUGCUGACACAAAAAGAGUGUAACUGGGUGAACGACUAUCAUCAGAAGUGCAGGGAAGUAAUUGGAGCAGAACUGGAGAGGCAAGGCCGGCACGAAGCUCUUCGGUGGCUUGUCCAGGAGACGGAGCCUCUCAUCAGAGUUCAGUAGCACCACAGUUGUCUGCGGUGUGUAGAACAUCAGGACAGCUCGGUGUCACAAUAAUCUACGUCUUCUUGGCGCUUGACACUGCUGGGAGAAUGUUCUUCAAUAAACCUUUGGAAAUCAG